UCUCCCUCACUCCAGGCCAGACCAGGUCCCCCGCAGCCCAGGUAAACAUGUCCGAGAAGGGAGCCUUCGACACCAACGUGGUGACCCUCACCAGGUUUGUGCUGGAGGAGGGUCGGAGGGUCCACGGCACCGGAGAACUCACCACCCUGCUCAACUCCAUCUGCACGGCGGUCAAGGCCAUCUCUACGGCCGUCAGGAAGGCCGGCAUCGCCAACCUGUAUGGCAUCGCGGGUAGCACCAACGUGACGGGAGACCAGGUGAAGAAGCUGGACGUGCUCUCCAACGACCUGGUCAUCAACAUGAUCAAGUCCUCCUUCACGUCCUGCGUGCUGGUGUCCGAGGAAGACGAGCGGGCCAUCGUGGUAGAGCCGGACCGCAGGGGCAAAUACAUCGUCUGCUUCGACCCCCUGGACGGUUCCUCCAACAUUGACUGCCUGGUCUCCAUCGGGACCAUCUUCGCCAUCUACAAGAAGACCACGGACGGCGAGCCCGACGAGAAGGACGCCCUGCAGCCCGGGAGGAACCUGGUGGCGGCGGGUUACGCGUUGUACGGCAGCGCCACCAUGAUGGUCCUGUCCACCGGCCGGGGAGUGGACUGCUUCAUGCUGGACCCGGCCAUCGGGGAGUUCAUCCUGGUGGACCGAGACGUGAAGAUCAAGAAAAAGGGGAAGAUCUACAGCUUGAACGAAGGCUACGCCCAACAUUUCUACCCUGACGUGACCGAGUACCUCCAGAAGAAGAAGUACCCCGAGGACGGCUCGGCUCCUUAUGGUAGUCGUUAUGUGGGCUCCAUGGUCGCUGACGUCCACCGCACUCUGGUCUACGGCGGCAUCUUCCUCUACCCCGCCAAUGUGAAGAGUCCCAAGGGGAAGCUGCGGCUGCUGUACGAGUGCAACCCCAUGGCGUUCAUCAUGGAGCAGGCGGGCGGCAUGGCCACCACGGGCGCCGCCAACGUGCUGGACAUCCAGCCCAGUAACAUCCACCAGAGGGUGCCCGUGGUCCUGGGCUCACCUGACGACGUGCAGGAGUACAUCGCCAUCUACAGGAAGCACCAUCCCUGAGAUUUCCCUUCCAGUCGCCGCACUGCACUGAAACUGCCACAAAGCAACUUUAGGACGCACACAUUUUGACUUGAGGGUUCAUUUACUCGCUUGACAUCCAUUUAUUAAAAAAAAAGAACAAGACAAA